CUUCUCCAGCAGGCGUAGUUCGCACCAUCAUACAAUUGGUUGUUUAUCAUUUGAGCUUGUUAACAAUUCUAUUAAACUUUUCUUUCGUUCAGAAAGCUUUUGUAUCAAAAUGAGAAACGCAAUUAUUGGAUUUAUAUUUCUAUCUGCUUUAUAUGCAGUGGAUGCGGCAUAUAAAGUGGAACAGUCACAAGAAAGUCACCGGGAUAUAAGACAGCCGGUGAUCCAACCUCCCAAAUCUAUUCUAGAUGAAUUUGACAUGCAUCCAGCCAGCAAACUUGAAUAUUUGACACAACGUGGACAUGGCAAUACGAACCAGAGGGGUACCAGUGAAGAGUUCGAGUGUCCUAAAGCUUGUACCAUGGACAUGAAGCCAGUGUGUGGUAGUGAUGGGCAAUCAUAUUCCAACAAAUGCGAACUCAUGGCGAACGCUUGCAGAAUGAGGAAGCGAAUUUACGUGGAAAAAGAGGGACGGUGCUGAAUAAAAGAAGAAGAACAACAGAAUACUUGUAAAAAUUUUGUUGAACUUUAAGCUAUUCCGACUUUUCAACCAUAAUAAUAAUUUCAAUAUUUUCGUGUGUUUUAUAGUCAUGUAGUAAUUAAAAAUAGCUUUAUCUGAAAUUCUGCCUUAAAUUGAUAUGAUAAAGGUAUAAUGUUGUAUCUAUUACUUUUUAAUAAUACAUUUAAGGCAUUUCCAUUUAUGUAUACAAGGCGUGAAAGUGCGUUCAUGCAUUCGAAUUUACAUCAGGUUAUCAGGAUUUUGCUUAUUAUGUUAAAAAUUAUAUACAUGAACGCAGUCGCACUAAAGUAAAUAAACAAUUCAUUAUCAUUUCUUUCAUCUUUUGUGAGGUAUUCAAAGAAUUUAUAUUGCUCUUAAAUUGUAUGCUAUAUAUAUCACUGUGAAAACGACAUUGAUAAUGCACCAAUGAACGAUGCAAAUAAAAGUAAUUUCAUUUUCCA